AUGUCCGACCAAGUGACCUACGCGACACUCACACUUCAGGAUUCCGCCGGGGCAAGAAAUAACCGCAACGGAAACAACCUACGAAAAAGAGGGCAUCCAGCUCCAGCCCCUGCAUGGCGCCAGGCUGCCCUGGGUCUGUUCAUUCUUUGCCUGAUGCUGCUGAUUGGGCUGGUGACCUUGGGGAUUAUGUUUUUGCAGAUGUCAAAUGAAAUUAACUCGGAUUCAGAGAAACUGAAUCAGCUUCAGAAAAUCAUCCACCAGCAGCAGGACAACUUAUCCCAGCAGCUGGACAACCACAGGAACUUGCCCACGCAGGAAGAAUCCCUCAAAUCACAGAUAUCCAGUCUACUGAAGAGGCAGGAACAACUGGCCAUCAGACUCUGUGAGGAGCUAAUCACUCACACGUCAGACCACAGAUGUAAUCCUUGCCCCGAGACAUGGCAAUGGUACCAAAACAGUUGUUAUUAUUUUAUAACAAAUGAAGAGAAAACCUGGACUAGUAGCAGAAAGGACUGCAUGGACAAAAAUUCUACCCUGGUGAAGAUAGACAGCGUGGGAGAAAAGAAUUUCCUGAAAUCGCAGCCAUUGCCCGUGUCGUCUUUCUUUUGGCUGGGAUUGUCACGGGACCAUUCUGGCAGGGAUUGGCUAUGGGAAGAUGGCUCUAUCCCUUCUCCAUCCUUAUUCAAUACGAAAGAACUUGCCCAGAUCAACGGAUCCAAAGGAUGUGCUUAUUUGCAAAAAGGAAAUAUUUAUAUUUCUCGCUGUGGUGCUGAAAUUUCUUGGAUUUGUGAGAAGACUGCUGCACUAGUGAGGAUGGAUGAUUUGGAUUGACAGGCGUCUUCCAGAUUUACCAAGUGGGAAGAGACUCGCGAGUAAGCCCAGGUGAAACAGGAGGAAGCUACAGAGCUGGAGCCGAAAGCGGAGCACAAGCUGACCCCGUGUUGACAACCAUCAGCAAGUGGAGUUGCUUCUUAGGACAUUCUCCACUUCAUUGUCUGAUGUCUUCUGUCUGGCAUUCUUAUCCCUCAGUCUUCCUGCAUAUCACCUGCUCCUCUGUUACCCUCUACAGAUUUAAAAGUGUGUGAGCUAAUCCAACUUUUGUAUACGCACCAAUAGAAGUCGAACGCAAAGGAAUUAUA